AUGAGGACCCACCUGUACCCCACUGAGAAGACGCAAAUCCUGCAGCGAUGGGCCGAGCAUUUCCGAGGCGUUCUCAACCGCCCCUCCGUCAUCUCCGACGCCGCCAUCGAGCGUUUGCCGCAAGUGGAGAUCAACGUGGACCUCGACCUCUCGCCAUCUCUCCAAGAGACCAUCAGGGCUGUGCAGCAGCUCUCCAGCGGGAAGGCACCCGGAUCGGACGCAAUCCCUGCUGAGGUCUACAAGCACGGAGGUCCCUAACUAAUGGAUCACCUGACUGCGCUUAUCCAGGAGAUGUGGCGUCAAGGCAAAGUCCCGCAAGAUUUCAAAGACGCAACCAUCGUGCACUUAUAUAAGCGAAAAGGGAAUCGUCAAGUCUGCGACAAUCAUCGUGGCAUCUCCUUGCUGAACAUCGCCGAGAAGAUCCUCGCCGCAUCCUUCUCAACCGCCUCAAUAACCAUCUGGAACAGGGCCUUCUUCCGGAAAGCCAAUGCGGCUUCCGUCGUCAUCGUGGGACCACGGAUAUGAUCUUCGCCGCCCGCCAACUACAGGAGAAGUGCCAGGAGAUGCGUACCCACCCGCACUCUACCUUCGUGGAUCUGACGAAAGCCUCUGUCACUGCGAAAUAUAAAGGACUGUGGAAAAUUAUGCAGAAAUUCGGCUGUCCUGAGUGAUUCAUUCAGAUGGUGCGUCAGCUGCACAACGCUAUGAUGGCACGAGUCGCGGACAACGGUGCUGUCUCGGAGGCAUUCAUAGUGACCAACGGAGUGAAGUAGGGAUGCCUCCUGGCGCAUACACUCUUCAUUCUUAUGUUCUCUGCCAUGCUGAUGGACGCCUACCGUAAUAAACGCCCGGGGAUCCGCAUCGCCUACAGGAGGGACGGUCACCUUCUAAACCAACGGCGGAUGCGCUUACAAUCGCGCGAACCCACAACCACCGGUCACGAAAUUUUCUUCGUCGACGACUGCGCCCUGAACACCAACUAGGUAAAGGAGAUGCAACGGAGCAUGGACCUCUUCUCUGCCGCCUGCGAAAACUUCGGUCUGGUCACUAACAAGCAGAAGACAGUGGACGUGCAUCAACCGCCAAACAACACAGCAACUCCUUACAACGCGCCGCAAAUCAGCGUGAAUGGAAUCCAAAUGCAGGCGGUGGACAAAUUCCCGCACCUGGGCAGCACCCUCUCCCACAGCGCGAAAAUUGACGAUGAAGUCGCCCGCCGGAUUUCGAAGGCCAGUCAAGACUUCGGCCAUCUCCAAAGCAUAGUUUAG